CUUGCGCUACAGUCAGUGGACUAUCCGUCGCUGGUUUCGCUUGGUGCCUCUUUGUCGACCCGCAUACAAGCACCACGAGCACGCGAUUUGAACGUAUACUUGUUAUCACUUGUAACAUUUUCUCGGUUAAUAUUACUUAUUGAAAUAUUAUUAAAAAUAUAGUUUGUAAUUUUGCAUUUUAAAUCCGGUCGUUUCUGAUCAAGUACGACUCGGAAAAUGUCUUCAAAAACGCGUAAGCGUAAAACGUCGGUCGCUCGUUUUAGUGGUUGGCUUUGGAGAUUAGUGUUCACCGCAUUUGCUUGCAACCACAUGGCUAUAUUGCUGCACUUAUACUUGCUGCCCGGGAGUAACGCUAAGAUCAAUAAUCAGUUAAAGCAGUCUACGGCUCAUAUGCAAAAAUCAAAAGCUUGGACUGACGAUGUGGAUCAAACAGGUGGUGUGACGCUCACGGAACUAAGGGUGCCCACUUCGGUAAUGGCAGGUGUCAAAUCUGGUGUCGUACUCGACUGCCUUUACACGCUGAGACCGAAAUCUAUCGGUCUAGUAGUAGCUUGGUAUUUCAAUAAUAGCGCUAGGCCCGUUUAUCAAUGGAUACCUGGACAAAAGCCACUGAGCAUCGGAGUAUUCCGACACCGUGCCAAUCUCGAUUACAGGGCUUCCGACAACAACGAGACAAUGCAUCGAGCUCUGCACAUAAUCAAUCCAACAAUUGAGUUGACUGGCGACUAUAGGUGCGUAGUGUCCACGUACCACGAUGAAGAUUUCAUGAUCAAGCGAAUGAUCGUUUACUCACCUGAAAAGAAGUUUGAAGUAUACCAAAAACGAGUCAACAACGACACUCUACGAGUCACUUGCAUGGCUUCUGGCGUUUUCCCGUUGCCGAAAUUGACGCUGUUCAACAACUCGGUCACAGAAAAACAAAGUUAUGCAUUGGCCAAUUCCCGUUACGACGUCAAUCGGUUAAAAGACGGAUACUAUGAAGUAAUCAUCAGUGUUCUUAUUAAUGAAUAUGAUAUCGAACCUCAGUCUUCACUGGAUUGCGAAUUAAAGAUACCGGACACGCCGUACGUCAAGAGAAAGACAUUUGUUUACUUUCAAGAUUCAAAUACAGCCAGUCGAACAUACUCGGUGGUAUGGUGUAUCGCAGCGACCUACUGGAUCAUCAACUUUGCAGUUUACUAAACAGAAACUGUUAGAAACAAAUGACCACUCGUGUAACAUUGUCAUUUGAACUAAACAUUAUAGUACUAUAAGUUCAUGUAGAAUUUUUCAUUAUAUAAUGUUGAACAACUUAACAAAAUAUUAAUUUUACUACCCGUUUGUUCACAAUGCAAAUACUUCGUGGACAUUUCUUAGAUUAUGCACUUGGUCUCGAUAAAUUUUCCUUAACUUACGAUAAUUCAACACUGAGAUGUAAAUUUUACUAAAAAAUACCAGUAUCGAGUUUUCAUUUAAAAAAAAAAUUCUAUCGAAUUUUACUUUUGUCUCAUAACUUUCGGGUUUGGAUUUAAUGUAAUUCUACCUAUUUGUAAAUACAAUGUGUGUAUACUAUUAAUUGUUUCGCCGAAUCUCAAUAUAUACAUAAUAUUUUAUUGUUAUUUAUUUUUCAAAUUAUUAUUAAAGACACGUCCCUUGUACCAUUUUUUUUUUUUUUAAUAAAUAUUAUAAAGUUAAUUGUUUUAUUAAGGACUUAAAUGAAUAUUUUUAACUAUUUUUACGAGAUAAAAACACUAAUAUAUGUUCAUAAUAUUUUAAGUAUUCAAUUAAGUGUAUUAAGUUAAGUUUUAUCGCUAUUCUCAAUUCAAUCGAUUGAUUUGAAUAUGAAUGAAAAUUUUGUGGUUAUACGAUAACAACAUAUUGAAAUAAAACAAUUGUAUUAUUUUCUACGAUUAAGUUAAGGAUGCGAUUAGCGCGACAUUUAUUAUUAUUAUAAUAUAAGUGUCUAUAGUAAAUUAUGAUAAAAAAAUUAUUGUUAAGGUUGUUUAUGUCAGAAAAAUUGUUAAUGUUUUACUCGUUUAUGUUACCAUAUUAAUUAUUAUAAUUGCCACGUGGAAAAAUUUAUUAUAUUUUAAUAUAUUUUGUUUGAAAAAAAAAAAUGCUCCUCUAAGAAAAUAAAUUAUUAGAGAUGUUCUAUCAAUUCCACGUCCAAAAAUUAUUUAUACUUGCAACGUGUCGAAAACAUUAUGUAUUUUCAUUUUAUUUUUUACCUAGUUUCCAUUCCAUUGCGUUGGACUGUAAAUUUUCAAUAAAGACUGAAAGAAUUUUGGUAUAGGUAGCUAAUAUUAUGCAAGGGUGACAUUUAUUUGUCUACAUAAUAUAAUCUUGCUGGCUUGAGAUAAUUAUAACGCAAUGUUUUAAUGGAAAUUUGAAUGAUUUGGUCAAAUAAAGACUAAUGACAUUAUUUUUGUAUGUAUUUAACAAAGUCUUUAUAAUUGCCAAAAUAUGAUAUUUAUGUAUAAGUACGCUUGUUCAUAUUAUUAAUAAUUAUAUUAAUUAACGUUAACUUAGUUCUCUAUUGUAUUGUAAUAAUUUUCACCCGUUCAAUAUAUUAAAUCGGUUAAGUUACAGAAUAAUUGUUUUGUACCGAGUUGUGAUUUAAAUAUUCUCUGACCAAAUGUGAAUCAUCGGUUUUCGAUGGAGGCAAAGUUCUUGGUGGUAAAAUUUUAGAUGGGAUCCUACUCGUAUAUCGAUACGCUUAGUUUGUAUUGUCAAAGAAUAACCGAUAGAAAUUCUUAAAGGCUACACUGUGCUGGGCCUUUACUCGAAGGAUGUGCAAAGUAAUAUCGCGUUCAACACCACAGUUUACAAUGUUUAUAACGAUAACUGAAACAACAUCAAUGGCACCCGUCGACCACUUUUGUUCGUUGUAUAAAGUGCAUUUUGGAAAACACAUAGUGAUGAUAAUGUAUGCCUGCUGUUUUUUAUUGUUCGUAAAUUAACAUGCAUUGUACUCUUGUUAAAUUAAAAAUACAUUUUAGCUUUUAAGAUUGUAAAUAUGUUGAGAAAAUAAUAUAUAAGU